ACACAGUUAGAGAGAGAGAGAGAGAGAGAGGAAGAGGCGGGCCAUGGAGAACUCUGAGCGACCAUCGCGAGCGACGCGAUCGUCAUCCUUCUCUCCAAAGACACCUUCGAAAACCAAGGCCUGUUCCCCCCACUCUUCCUCCUGCAAGGACGCACGCAAACUCUUCUCCCUCGAAUCCCUUUUCGCCGACCUGCCCGGCCGCCACCGGCAGAUCACCGAGCUCUGCCGCUUGAUCGGCCCUCCAAACACUCCGAUGACGCCCCUCUUCGUCCACGGCGCGCCGUUCUCCGGCAAAACGAGCGUCGUCCUCGGCGUCUUCAGGCACUUAAACCGGCAGUUCGCCUACGCAAACUGCCGAUCGUGCUACAAUCCCAGGAUCCUGUUUGAGUCUAUCCUGGAUCAGAUUUCGUGCCGUAGAAGGACCGCAGAGACUGAUUACUCGAGCGGAUCGAGAUGCGACCGGGCGUCGGAUUUCGUGGCCUUACUAAGAGAUGCUCUGGUCCACGCAAGGUCCGGAGGUCGAAAAUCGGACGAGCAAGGUGGGAUGGUGUACUUGAUCUUCGAUAAUGUUGAGAACAUUCGCCACUGGGACGAUGGUUUAGAGUUAAUAUCAGUGUUGUUUUCGCUCUCCAAUACCUUGAAGACGCCAGAGUUAGGGUUGGUUUUCAUCAGCAGCGUAUCGAUGGAUGACCUUCACCACGAGAAUGGGUUCCCAGAGCUGCUCACAGUGUUCUUUCCAGCGUAUUCUGAGGGCGAAAUUCACCAGAUCCUGAUGAGAACUCAAGAGAAUCCCAAGCUCUAUUCUUCCUUCCUUGAUGCUGUACUGAAGCCAUUCUGUAGGAUUACCAGAAGAAUCAAUGAAUUAUCGAUGGCAUUGUCCCCAUUAUUUGAGAAGUACUGUGAGCCUUUGGAUGACUUGACAGUUGUUCCUGAUGAAGAGAUGAAAAGAAGACUUUUUAGCUAUAUCCAGCCUCAUCUAGCAAUGGCACUGAAUCAAGUAUUUGAGCUAUCAAUGCCUGAUGGUUGCAAAACCAGUCAACGAAGGGUGAAGCAGAAGGGGACUUUACGAAGACAUGCUGGUAGGGAUGAUGGUGACGGACUCGAUUUUCACAUGUCUAUGUCUGCCAAGUUUUUGUUGAUGUCUGCAUUCCUUGCGUCAAGAAAUCCUGCCACUCUUGAUGCUGCUCUGUUUGAUCCUGCUGGGGGUUGCGACACUAGAAAGAGGAAACGGAACAGGAGUUCUGAGAUAUCUAUAACGAAGAAGGAGAUUGCAGCUGAAGAAGUUCUUAUGAAAGGACCGGGUACUUUUCCAUUGGAACGACUGCUGGCAAUAUUUCAGUGUAUUACUUCGGUGGCAGAAGAUCCAGAAGAUACUGACACACAGGGCAGUGUGCUAACCUCUGACGUGCUACUGCAAUUAUCCACUCUAUGCAAUGCUAAUUUUGUCUAUAAGGGAGGAAGCUGCCCGCUAGAUGGUUCAACUCGAUUCCGUUGCAUGGUGGAUGAGGAACUGGCUUUAAAGGUUGCGAGGACCAUGAACUUUCCUCUGUCCAACUACUUGUACAAACGGUGACCUCUUCUUGUUGUUCCUGUGUUCCUCCAAAAACAUCUGAUGCUCUUUCUCAUCUGAAAAACAUCUGAAGAUCUUGGUUCAAUUGAAGUUUGACCUUGGGAAGGUGCAUUUUCUGGUCAUUCUCUUGACAUUCAUAAUUGAAUAGCAAGAUCAACUAGCUGACAAGUUCUUUUAUUAGAUAGAGGCAGGUAAAGUCUUCACUGAGGAAAUACUAAUUUCUUCAUACGAGAAAAUUGCAUGUUCUAGAUCGUCCUCUGUUCAAGUGAUGGCUUGCCCAUUCUAGCUGCAAGAAGACAUUAAGAGCCCUGGAGUGUCCUUGGCCCUUCUGGGGAUUCAAAUAGCUUCUCAGAGAAAGCUCCGCUUCAGAAAACACUUAAAAAAAUCAUGGCUUAUUUCUUCUAGCAAUUAAAUUUUAUUUCCAAUUUCACCUGUUUCAAGGAUAGAAGAAUUUGAUGGUAAAAGAUGCUGCUGAUUCCUGAAAUUUUGCUAUACUUCUCCCAUUGGUCCUGUGAAUGUAGAUAGUUUUUGUGGUUUCGUCUUCCUCUCUUGUUGGGGAAUCUCUCUUUUCUGAUUUGGUGUGUACUCAUAUAUAUAUAUAUAUAUAUAUAUAUAUACUUUUGUACUUUUCCUUCAAGUGAAGCUGCAAUCAGCUUACCCGGAAACUGCUGGAGAGAGGUCCCUGCCGUGAAGCUGCAAUGAGCAGGUUUGUUGGGCUUCGUUUUUCAAAUGUAUUUCUGCCCUUCCUACUGCCGUGUAUGAGCAGUAGUGUCUGCCGGAAUAGUCCUUCACAUUGGACAUCAUUCUAUGCUGCUGAAAAUGUUACUGUCUAUUAUAAAUCAA